AGAUAUACUUAUUUAUAUAUAAAUAUAUUUAUAUAUAUUUUUAUUAUUAACACCUCAAGGGAAAAAAAAAACUACUUGAAGUGGUGGAGUUAUUUAGAAGAGAGAAGAAGAUACAAACAUAAUAAAAAGGCAUGAAAAAACGCUCUGUUUCCCAUGAUCUAGGUACAUAUCCAAGCCCAGGAGCUCCACAAUACCGUGGAAAUACAGGAAAUUGUCAAAAGGGUUGGGCCUCAGAGAGAUUACCUCCAAUCGGAGGUGGUUUGCAGAUUGGUUCAUCGUCAUCAACUGCUGCUUUAAUGAGUUUCAACAGUGGAAGAACACUUCCCUCUAAAUGGGAAGAUGCAGAGAGGUGGAUUUGUAGCCCUGUUUUUGGACAAGGGGGGGUGACUAGUAGUAGCAGUAGUCACAAUUGCUUGAAUCAUAAUAGUAAUAAUAAUAACAACAAUUAUUAUUAUCAGAAGAGGCCAAAGUCUAAAAGUGGCCCAAUUGUUCACCCUGCAACUUCGUACUACUCAAACCAUUCUCCGGCUGCAGUGUUGGAAGGCCGCGGUGGAGGCAGUUUGAGGAGCUUUGCGACUGCGGCCGCGGCGGCGGGUAGUUCGCCUUUUUCUACUGGUGUUUUGGGAGCAGAAAGUGUGUUCAGUGGUGGUGUUGGUGUAGGAUUAGGACAGGGACAGGGACAGGCCUCUAGAUUGGAAAGUGUUCCCCUUUGGCCAGAAUUAGGAGAGAACAGUACUAAUAAUUCUAAUUCAAACCCAUCUCCAAAGAAAGAUGGGGAGGAAGCCUUGGUUUCUAGGGACGUUUCGAAACGAGAAAUGGCGAACCAAAUGAGUCCUCCUCCUCCUCCUAAUAAGGAGAGUGGUCGUUCAUCUAUGGAGGUUGGGAGGUUGUCGCUUAGUUCCUCUCCACCAGCUCUACUUUCUAUAAUGGAGCAACAAAGUGAGGAUCACUCUCACUCUCGUUCUCGUUCUCAUUCUGGUAAAUUAGAAGUCAAAGAUGUUGAGGUUGACAAACGAGCCACCAUGAUUCGGUGGUCAAAGAAACGUGGAAUAAGAAUCAGUAAGAAAGACAAGCUUGGUGUUAAUAAUAAUAGUAAUAAUGACCUCACUGAAAAUGCUUUGCCAGUUUCGGCUUCUUCUUUUGAUGUUUCAGAGUCUGCCAUGGACAACUCAAAAUGGCAAAGAGAGGAAGCCAAAAUCAUUGCGUGGGAGAAUUUACAGAAGGCAAAAGCAGAAGCUGAAAUUAGAAAACUUGAGGUGAAACUAGAAAAGAAGAGGUCAGCUACAAUGGAUAAGAUCAUAGACAAGCUGAGAACAGCACAGUAUAGAGCACACCAAAUGAGAACCAACUUGUCUGCCGACGAAAGCCACAGCCGUAGCCAUAGCCAUAGCCACGAGGUUCUGAAGACUCCACGCAAGUUCUUCUGCUUACGAAAACAGAUGAGGGUGGGAUCACUAGGUCGCUUCUUUAGCUGCCGUGCUUCCUAGCUCCACUUUUGUUUUUCCCCCUUGAAGGUUGAAGCUGAAUUAUUGUUUGAUUGAACUAGCUUAUUUUUAUUCUUCUUGUUGAAUGUGAUUUGAUUUGAUGCAACAGGUGAAAUAGAAUAGUGGGUUUGUUAAGAGUUAGGGAGCUCCUCAAAGUUCAAAUGGUUGUAUUGAAACAAAAAUAAGCCUUUUGUUUUGCAAUUUAUAAAGACCACGACAUUGCUUUUUAUACAUUGCAAAAGAGCUGGUCGGAUUGAAUAGACAACAGUUAAAUACAUAAGUAAACAUCUAAAUGAUGAAUCAUACAAGCGAUUGAUUUGUAAAGCUUUGGAAUAAAAACUAAAUUUCUUUCAUGCUAAAA